AUGGCAGUCACUUCCACUUCUGGUGGCAAUGCCGUCUUUCCCAACUAUAAUAAUGACUUUGGUCACAUCGAAGACCCGAAUGAACGUCGUCGCCGGGCUCUCGCAGAGAUUGACAAGGCUCCCUUUGGAUGGCGCCACGCCCGCGCGAUCGUCGUGGCUGGCGUCGGCUUUUUCACCGACUCGUAUGACAUCUUCGCCAUUAACCUCUGUUCGAGCAUGCUGGGGGUCGUCUACUGGCAGACUGCGACCUCUCGGCCCGGCAAAAUCCCUUAUAGUUCCGAUACCGCGAUCAAAGUCUCCACGUCCGGAGGCACGGUGUUUGGUCAGUUAUUCUUCGGCUGGUUGGCGGACAUGAUCGGACGGAAACGCAUGUAUGGGUUUGAAUUGAUCAUCAUCAUCCUAGCGACCCUGGCACAGGCUCUCGCCUCUGAUUCGCCUGCCUUGUCGAUCACGGGGAUUCUGGUCUUCUGGCGUCUGCUCAUGGGUAUUGGUAUCGGCGGUGACUAUCCGCUGUCUUCGAUCAUUACUUCGGAAUUCGCAACCACCAGGUAUCGAGGGGCCAUGAUGGCGGCUGUCUUCGCGAUGCAAGGAUUUGGUCAGUUCGGGGCGGCGAUCGUUGCGCUGGUGGUGACGGCCGGCUUCAAAGGCUCUCUUGAAACCGCGGUAUCCCUCGGAAAGUGUUCCGGAGUCUGUCAGUUGGCGGUGGAUAAGAUGUGGCGCGUCGUCAUCGGAUUUGGAGGCAUCCCCGCCUGUAUCGCCCUCUACUACCGCUUGACGAUCCCAGAGACACCGAGAUAUACCUUCGAUGUAGCCCGAGACAUUGUCAAAGCCAAUGCAGACGUGCGCGCGUAUAUGGAGGGCAGACACGAGGGACACCCCGACGAGAUGAAGCGCAUCGCGGUGCUACAAGACGCAAAUAUCGAAUUGGAGACUCCCAGAGCAAGCUGGCCUGAUUUCUGGUCGCAUUAUCUGAAAUGGGAAAACGGGAAGAUUCUUUUGGGGACUGCGGGCUCGUGGUUCUUCCUUGAUAUUGCGUUCUAUGGUCUGGGACUGAACAACUCUAUCAUCCUGAGCGCAAUCGGUUGGAACGGUGGUAGCAAUGUCUACGAGUACUUCUACCGCAACGCCAUCGGCAACUUGAUAUUGAUCUGCGCGGGUGCGAUGCCCGGAUACUGGGUGACGGUGGCGACAGUGGACACGCUGGGCCGCAAGCCAAUUCAGCUAGUCGGGUUUGCCAUUCUGACCAUUAUAUUUAUUGUGAUUGGCUUUGCCUACGAGCCGCUGAAGAAGUCCAACAACGGUCUGCUGGGGUUAUACAUCGUGGCGCAGUUCUUCUUCAACUUUGGACCCAACGCCACUACGUUCAUCGUUCCGGGCGAAUGUUUCCCAACUCGCUAUCGGUCUACGUCGCAUGGUAUCAGUGCCGCUGCAGGAAAGAUCGGCGCGAUAAUUGCCCAGUGUGUGUUUGGCCCUCUUGCCCACCGAGGAUCGAAGCAGAGGAACGAGUUCUCGGAUACCCCGUGGUUGAACCAUGUUAUGCAGAUAUUCGCUCUCUUCAUGUUCUGCGGAGGCCUUACCUCACUAUUAAUCCCGGAGACCAAGCGAAAGACAUUAGAAUUCAUGGCAGGAGAGAAGGCUGCUAGUUCUGGGUCUGUUACUCCAGUGGAGCCCGUGCAACCACCGGAGCAAUGCACGGACAAGACUAACACAGAAAAGUCCAACAUAAACAAGUCCAAUUCUCUAACGGUGGCAACCACUGGUGAGCCACAGGUCUGA